AUGGGGACUCACAGACCUGGUGUCACUGGGGGCACUGGCUAUGUGGCAGAAUCAGCAUUGCUAGUUGUCACUUUUUAUCUGAAGAAGAAGCUCUUUCGUGCCCUGACAAUGGAUUAUCACUGUGUUUUGCUGAAAGUUUCUGGAGAGGGAACGUUCCAAGCCCAGAAGGUGGCAGAGUUGGGAUCGAUGCCUGUAGCUGAGGAAUUCAGUUCUCGUUAUUGUCCCCGAGGUGCCUUUACGCUGAGUGGCCUUAUCCUGAGCGGCUGCUUCAGCUGUGGCUGGACAUGGCAAAGUGGGAAUCGUCGUACUGUUCAUCAGCAGGUUUUGGCACUGAUUGCGUUCAUCUGCAUAGAGACCAUCAUGGAAUGCUCCCCUUGCGAAGGCCUUUAUUUCUUUGAGUUUGUGAGCUGUAGUGCAUUGGUGGUUACUGGAGUUCUGUUGCUUAUGUUCAGUCUAAAUCUUCACACGAGAAUACCGCAGAUCAACUGGAAUCUUACUGAUCUGGUCAACACUGGACUCAGCACUUUCUUCUUUUUCAUUGCCUCUGUAGUACUUGCUGCUUUAAACCAUAAAACUGGAGCAGAAAUUGCUGCUGUGAUAUUUGGUUUCUUGGCAAUGGCAGUGUAUGCUGUGAACACAUAUUUAGCUAUUAAAAAGUGGCGAAUGAACAGCAGACAACAAAGUAGUCGGCAGACCAGUGAUUACAUACGUGCUCGGACAGAAUCCAGAGAAGUAGAUCAUCGCCCCGAGAUUCAGCGUCUGGAUGCAUGAAAGCAACAUUCAAAUGGGACUGCAAAGGGAAAAGAAGAAGUGCUUAACUCCCUCAUGGAAUAAAGGGUUUUUUCUUUAUUUAAGGAAGAAAAGGAAGAUCAGAUGGUGGCAAAGAAUUCCCAGCCCUGCGUAUGUGCAGAGAUGCAUUGAGUCAGAAGCUGUUGUCAUGAAGGCAGUAAACAUUGGUCACUCAAAAGCAAGAUCCGUUUAAGACAUCCACAUAUAUAUACAUAUAUUAUAUAUCCCAUAUAAUAUAUAACAUAUAUAUGUUUUGCAGUACGUUACUGUUUUGGAUUAACUGCACAGUACUUUCCUUCCCUCUCCCAGGUGCAAACUCUGAAUAUACGUGUUCUGCCACUGUUUCUUCGUCUGUCAUAAACACUAAGACCAG